UUUGACGGUAUAUGACGUAAUAAAAAUGUAUCUAACUUCACUUUGGGAAUUUAUAUUUUGGGCACCUACUUACCAUAUAGAAUAUACGAAGAGGCACGCUUGGGAGAUUAUAAAAGGGUCACUAGCCAUCAAGUCCCUGCCACUUGGGUUUUACAUAGAAAUCACAUUUCUUAGAUAGCUCCAUAAACGAUGGAGGGGACCAACCAAAAUAUAUGCAGCUACGUCGCUGACACGAUUGAACUGCAAAUUCCCAGCACUCCCGAGUCAUCAUCCCCUUCUCUUUCUUUCACAAGACUUGCAGAGAGUUACCCUCCUGGCUUUACUAGAAAGGUAUUUGCAGAGGUUAUAGGCACAUUCCUAUUGGUGUUUGUGGGAAGUGGUACUGCUGGUCUUAGUGCUAUUGAUGAAAACAAAGUCUCAAAACUUGCAGCUUCACUUGCAGGAGGAUUCAUAGUGACGGUGAUGAUUUAUUCUAUUGGACACAUCUCAGGGGCACACAUGAAUCCAGCGGUUUCUCUUGCUUUUGCCUCCGUCAAGCAUUUGCCUUGGCCACAGGUCCCAUUUUACGUUGCAGCUCAACUCACAGGAGCCAUUUCUGCUUCAUAUACGCUGAGAGAGCUUUUUCAGCCAUCUAAGCAAAUUGGAGCAACGACAUCCGCUGGAUCCCACCUUCAAGCACUAAUCAUGGAAAUGGUGACCACAUUUACAAUGGUGUUCAUCUCCAUGGCCGUGGCCACUGACCCAAAAGCUACAGGACAGCUUUCAGGAGUAGCGGUAGGUUCUUCGGUUAGCAUAGCAAGCAUUAUCGCCGGACCAAUAUCAGGGGGAUCAAUGAACCCAGCAAGGACAUUAGGUCCUGCAAUUGCAAGUUCAAACUACAAGGGACUUUGGGUCUAUUUUGUUGGACCAGUUACUGGGGCACUUUUAGCAGCAUGGUCUUACGGUGUGAUUAAGGAGACAGAUCAACCAAGUGCAUUUUCACUAUCCUCCUUUUCAUUCAAGCAGCGUCAGAGCAAUAUUAGAACUGACCAAGUUGGUAAAUCCACCCACCGAUGCUUGGUGUGAAAACAUGCUUCUUGAAUGACAUGUCUUGGAGGAAUAUCCCAACUUCCACAUGUAUCAUCAUGUGUAAUUAUAUAUAUAGUACCAUCAUCCGUAGUGUUAUUAGCCCUAUGUUUCAACUUUAAGGGUUUAGAUAUGUAUAUUUCGACAGUAUGUAAUAUGCUUAUCCUAUAUUAAUGGAAAGUUAGUUUCAUCAGAAAUCGGAUAUGAAUAAAUUAUGAG